GCCAUCGCGGUCCACUCUCAUCUAUUUAUAAAAGCGCACACAGUGCAAGAGGUCAGUCGACGCGAGGUGACAUCAACUCAAGAACACAAGGAGGAUGCCAGCGGUCCGCCACGAGCACUGCGAGCACUGCUACGCCAUCCGCUGCCCGGCGCCGUCGUGGCUCUCCCUGGGCUGCGCGGUGGUCCGCUGCCCCAACGACUGCGGCGCCUCCCUUCACGCCUGCAAAGAGGACGAGCACCGCCUUCUGUGCCCCAACGAGACGGUUCCUUGCCUCAACGCCGGCUACGGCUGCCCGUUGAGCAUGCCGCGGCAUCGGCGGGCCCGCCACCUGGAGGCGUGUCCCGCCAGCGUGGUCGGCUGCUCUCAGCAGUGGAACCGCUGGCCCGUUCCGGACAAUGACUUGACGUUCUACAGGAACGUGUCCCGAGAAAGCCAACGGCAGCUCGAUGUCGCCUUGGCGCUGAGGGAUCAAGAGCUGCUGUUCAAGUCCAUCAAGAUGAAGAGCGUUUUCCCGGAGUUGACGGAUCCCGAAGAUAUCGACGUUGGGGUCACGAGGGAGGAUUUAUGUUCGGCUUCUGCUGGAGAUACACAGAAUGUCUGCGCAAAGAUGAUGGAAGAGGAAGCGAGUGAUGAGCUGGACAGGGAAAGUCUUCAGAAGUACAGCUCCUGGGAGAGAAUACUCAAGAAGGAGAUGAACGGUGAGCAGACCAGCAAAAAUGCAGCUAAAACGGAGGAGAGCGGGAAGAAAAUGGAGGCAGUGAGAGAAAGUUCCUCAUGCGAGAACAGAAUAUCCGGCCUGGCACCUUGGCAAGACGGCGUCUUGGAGAAGUUAGGCAAGGAGGCCAACAUCGGCGAGUACAACAUGUACCUGGUGCACAACGGAGCCAUGCUCAUCAACUUCGGACAGCUGGCCGCCUGCACCCCUAGGGAGAAGGACUUUGUUUACGGGAGCCUGGAACCCAUCGAAGUCAAGUCCGUCCGCUCCUUCAACGUCCCUAGCAGCUACCGAGCCAAGCGCUGGCACCUGAAGGACCCCAACCGCAAAACAGAAGUGGCGCACCGGAGCGCCGACACGGCCGAUCUGGACGUCUCGUUCGAGGAGCUCCCAAAGUGCGAAGAGGUAAGCGUCACGUUGCUGUGCUGUCUGGAGAAAGAAUUCAAAGGGCAUCAGAUCUCGGAGAGCACCGGUUUGGACGGUCUCUACGUCAACGUCGGGACGCAAACGUACAACUUGGACGGCGCGCCGUUCCAGGCCGAGGCGUCGCUCGCAGACGCGGUCGCCGGUAAAGCAGCGUGUCUCCACGUCCGUACGCAAACCGAGUCUGUGACUAGAAGACACAACAGGACCAGCUCGGUCUUCAGCUACACGUGCGGCCUCUUCUUCCGCCGCGACGAGUACCCCUCGCACUUCCGCAACGUGCACUCCGAAAUCCAGGCCGGCCUCGGCGGCUGGUUCCUGCAACGUUGCCCCCUGGCUUACCUCGGCUGCACUUUUGCCCAAACGAGGUUUCGCCCGGACGGCCAACCGGCUGAGGUCAAAUACCACCGCGGCGUGGAUAAGAUGGUCAUCCGGCCAGACGUCCCGCGGGAGCUGCUCGAGGGUACCAAAGCGUCAAAUCCCCCGGAUCGUUUGAGCCACUUGCCUGUGGAGAUCCUCCGGCACGUCGCCGGAUACUUGGACUCGUUCGCCUUGUCGCAGUUGUCACAGGUGUCGCGUCCGAUGAGAGAGGUGUGCGGCACUUUAUUGCAGAGCCGAGGGAUGGUCUCCCUCAAGUGGGAGAAGAAGACGUAUUCCCACGGGAGGAGUUCCUGGAAGAGCCGAAAGAAAGUUUGGGAAUUCAGCUCGCUGUUUUGCCCCGUGGAGCGAUGGCACUUGAGCGACACGCCCUCCGUGGCGGUGCACCUCCGAACGUGCCCCUACUACCAGACGGAGCGGCGCACGGAGCCCGUGGCUUUAAGUGGCCUGCUGGAAGUCUGCACGGAGGAAGAUCAUUAGUGAAGUAAUUCUUCGCUCCACUUUCAUUUACCUGCUUUUUCUUAAACCACAUUAUUUAGUCUUUGCGAGAUGUCCUUUCACCAGUGCAUGUAUGUUACAUUUUAAUUAAAGGAUAGUGUUAAAAGAUUGAUUGAGCAAGUGUACCUAAUGAAAUGUCCGGUUAGUCACUGCUACACACGCAUGCCUGUAAUUGUUGAUUACACUGCCAUCUAACGGUGAAAAACGAAAGUGCAAUUUGAACAAAUCUCCUUGGUUCCACUACAUUGAAAUGACAGAGACGUGGUCAUAAUUUCAAUUUCAUUUUUGUUCAAAUAAGGUUCAAGAAUGAGAGGAAAAUCCUGGCAAUUCAAAUACAGACCAAGUGUCAGUGCGGUGAGAUUUCACAAAGCAACAACACAAAUCUCAGUGCAGCUCAGCUUACCUUUUGGCCUAUCAGACAGAGCGGCUGUUGCUUGAAAGUAGCUC